AAAAAGAUGGCUUGCCAACCGCCAUUAACAGGCGAAGAAGACAAGGAAGACGGAAAGAGAAGAAGAAUACAAUAAACGACAUGGCAGAAAGCUAAGACAGCGACAUCUCAAUUGGUCUAAAAUGGGGCGGUCCAGUACUCGGAGGCGUUAUCAUGAGGAUGGCAUCUCAGAUGAGGAGAUUGAUGGCAAGAGAAUGUUUGAUCUGGAGGAAAAGGUCAACAGCCAAAGAUUCCCCUCUGAUCGGAUCAUUCGCAUGCAAGGAAAAGAUUUUACUUAUGAGUUCAUCCAAAGAGGUGGCAUGAAAGAUCCACUCCUCUUUGAGGAAACUGAUGACCUGGGGAUAAAGAUGCCUGAUCCAGACUUCAGUGUCACUGAUGUCAAGAUGUUUGUUGGUAGCAGACGUAUGAUUGAUGUCAUGGAUGUUAGCACUCAGAAGGGAACAGAGAUGUCCAUGGCCCAGUGGACACGUUACUACGAGAGUUGUCCGUCUCAGAGGGAGAAACUCUACAAUGUCAUCAGUCUGGAAUUCAGCCACACAAAGAUGGAAACCUUGGUCAAGAGACCUUCCACGCUAGAUCUUAUCGACUGGGUUGACAACAUGUGGCCUCGUCACUUGAAAGAGAGGCAGAGGGACUCGACCAACUCAAUCAGUGACAUGCAGUAUCCCAAAGUGCAAAAAUACUGUCUGAUGAGUGUGGAUGGAUGCUAUACAGACUUUCACAUCGACUUUGGAGGCACAUCUGUGUGGUAUCAUGUUCUGAGAGGCAGCAAGGUUUUCUGGUUGAUCCCUCCAACUACUCAGAACUUAGAGCUGUAUGAAAACUGGGUGCUGUCUGGAAAACAGGGUGAUAUUUUUCUGGGCGAUCGAGCAUCUGAAUGCCAGCGGAUAGAACUUCUGCAAGGGUGUACCUUCAUCAUACCGUCAGGUUGGAUUCAUGCUGUGUACACACCCGUGGAUUCGAUUGUGUUUGGAGGAAAUUUUCUCCACAGCUUUAACAUUCCUAUGCAAUUAAACAUCUGCAAUAUUGAGGACCGCACACGGGUUCCAGUGAAGUUUCGUCACCCAUUCUUUUAUGAAAUGUGCUGGUAUGUGUUGGAGCGAUAUGUCUUCAGUCUGACCAAGACGUCUUAUCUUACGCCAGAUUUCCAGAAAUGGUCUAUAGGCAUCGGUAUGAGGACAAAGGCAUAACAUUGUUUUUUUGUUGUGUAAAAAACAUACAAAAAACUCAUUUUUAUGUCAAAUGAACAACUUGUGUCUGGCGCAGAUCCAGCUAGUGAACGUAUGAAAGAAGAAGAUACAAGUGCACCUGAAGAAGAUGAUUCAGAGCAGCUGUCUGAAAGACCAGUUCUUUUCACUCCGUUGGAACUGGAGGGGUUGUGGACCUUGGUGGGGAAACUUGAGUCACUGCCAUCCAACAAGAAGUGUGUCCCUGCAGGGAUACACAAUUCCCAGGCACUCAUCACACAUAUUAAGGCAAUACUAAAGGAGCACGCUAACGACAAUCCCAAACAAGCUUACACUGGAAAACCUAUUGUCAGGUGGCCAAAGAGGACGAUAACUUAUCAUCCACCUCCCCCACCACAACCUCAUCUUCGUUCUAAACCCACCAAUGCUCCAAUCCAACGCACACAGAAGCCUGCGUCUUCCAUGUCUGUUCUGAGAAGGCGUAGGGUCAGAUGUAAGCGCUGUGACGCAUGUGUCAGAACUGAAUGUGGAGACUGCAAUUUCUGCAGAGACAUGAAGAAGUUUGGAGGACCUGGAAAGCUCAAGCAAACGUGUGUGCUGCGCCAGUGUCUCUCGCCUGGACUUCCACUGUCGGCAGUUUGUGAAAUAUGCAAGGAGCCCAAUCACGAGGAAACUGGAGAUGGCUUCUAUUCUCUGAUGGAAUGUUCCAACUGUGCACAGAUCGUCCACCCUGCUUGCCUCACGGUUCAGGGUGAAGGAGUUAUCAAUAAAGACCUACCGAGUUGUUGGGAAUGUCCAAAGUGUAUUGAAGGGCUCAAUGACUCUGAGAAACGGAAAUCGUCUACUCUGCUGGAUGCCCGCAUGGCCAAGAUCUUCCGACAACAAAGACACAACCGUGAUGGAGAUUCCAGUGACGACGAGGAUGAAGCCACUCAGAGAAAAAGGAUGCGGCUUCAUCGCGGGGGACACUCUUCUUCCAGGAGAGGGUUUGGUAGCAACCGGCGGGGACUCCUCAAAGGUGGAUUGGCCCUGAGAGGAAGCCGGGAAAGUCCUUCCCCCAUGAAGAUGAAGGCUGGAAGUGGCAUGAAUGGCAGGCGGAGGAGAGGGGUGAGGUUGAGGGGGGGCUCCAGGAUCCAACAAAGAGGACAUUCAACUGAGGAGUCCGAUUAUGAAGAUGAAGAGGAGGAAGAUGACGGUAGUGAAAACGGAGACCAAGAUCAGCCUCCUUAUCAGCCUAGUAAGAGGUUCAAGACUGAAGAUGAGGAAGAUGAGGACAGCGAGAGACAGGAGUUUGACCUUGACGAAGAGGAAAUGGACAAUUUUGAAGAUGAAGAUGGGCAGGAAGAGUUCUGGGAUUCUGACCCAGAACCUCCAGUGCUGCUGGUGUCUGAUCUGAAUGAUGACAUCCUGUGUGGAUCCUACCUGACUGUGACUCUGCAAAGUCCCAACAAGACCGACAGACCUGGUUCUAUAGUUCCCAAACUGGAAGCUGCCAUGGGUUUUAAGACACUAAAUGCAGCUGGGCAUCCGGGCUUGAACAAAAAGUCCACUUUGUCCAAACCUUCACGCUUCAAGAGCAGUGACAACAAACGUGAUGGACAAAGUCAACAAGGACCUGGAAGGUCAGGUCUCCGCAGUAACUACGUCACUCGGGGCACCGUUGUGUCCUCCGAGGAAGAGGACCUGCCUGUCUCUCCCACACUUCCAUCCCUGCCCUUCACUUCCUUUAAGGACGUGGGUGACAGUGGAGGCGAGAAGGACGUGUGGGUGUCUGUGUUUAAGUACUUGAACAGAGCUGAGUUGCUGAAGUGCAUGACGGUGUGCAAAGCCUGGUACAAGUGGACGUUUGAUAAGCAUCUUUGGAGUCGUAUGGAUUUGAGUUGCUGCAGCCCUCUGAGUAACAAAGCACUGGCAGGCAUCAUAAAACACCGGCCCACCUCCUUGGACCUCUCAUGGACCCCUCUGGCCAAAAGACAGCUCACUUGUCUUCUCAGCAGACUUCCAGGUCUUCGUGAAUUAAGGCUUACUGGAUUGUCGUGGUCGUGCCUGUCUGCUCUAGCCUCCCCCACCACGCCCCACCUUCGACUGCUAGACCUGCGCUGGUGUGAAGGAAUUAAAGAUGCUCAAAUUAAAGAGCUCCUCACCCAACAUGAGUCUCCUCGCUGCAGACUGAAGAACAUGCUGACAUUGCACCUUUCCGGUCUGGAGAUCAGCGAGUCCACCGUGAGGCUGCUACAGCGUCAUAUGCCACACCUGGAGAAGCUCGACCUGGCUCACUGCAAGGACAUAACAGAUUCCUCUGUAGCACUGCUGGCUGCGGGGGGCACUCAGACACGCAACCACCUUAGUGAACUCACUCUCGCAGGUUGCUGUCAGCUGACAGAUGGAUGUAUGUCGUACCUGAAGAGACUGUCCUCUUUGACUCUUCUGGACUUGAGAGGCUGCACGAGCAUCAGCAUGCAAGCCUGCAACGCCUUCAUCUCUGAUCUGUCGCACGCUGCCAUGUACUGCAUGAUGGAGGACAGGCUCAUCCAGUGUCUCAUCUAACACACCACAACAUGCGUCCCAGAACUACUGCAAGGUUUGUAGUUCAACAUGCACUCCAAGCAACUGAAGUAGAAGACAAAUAUUGUUGUACCUAGUAAUGAUAAUCAAGCGUAUGAAAGACUGAGAUGCUUUUAAAGCAUCAUGGGAAAGGACUGGAACGUCCUUGUCUGUGAACGACACUGACUCGGUCGUUGUGAAAAAAGUUGGGACAUUGUCUUGAUUGUUAUUUGGAUGCCAUUUUUACAAAAUGUAAUUAAAGUGGGAAUCAUUGUGUGCUAAA